AUGCUGACUCACCGUUUCUUACAUUGCCACCGCUUUGUUCUUCAGACGACGACAAGGAUGCAGUCCCAAAACUUUAUGACCGGCGACCCACUGUCGUUGGAACGUAUUCGAGGUGUCCUCAUCCGUCUAGAAGACACAAUCAUCUUUUCCCUCAUCGAGCGUGCCCAAUUCGCCCAAAAUCCGCGUAUUUAUCUUCGCGGCGCAUUUUCUGAGCUGAAGGACUCUGGGUUUGAUGGCAGCUGGCUGGAAUGGUUCUUGAAGGAGAUUGAAACCUUCCAUGAAGCUCAUCCUCUACAAAAUAUUAGCGAAAGCGAGGCGAUACACAAGGCAAGUAACUGCCCACUUGUCGCUUUGUUUCCUUAUCUUAUCAAUUCUAGCCCAGACGAGUACCCAUUCACACCGCUUGAAGAUCUCCCGCCGCCAUUCCUCCAGCCGCUUAAGUUCCCUGACAUCCUCCAUCCCAACACUGUCAACGCAAACCCUUCCAUCCAAUCAUUCUAUGUUCGCACGAUCGUACCCCGUAUUACACGGCGCGCAACCGCCGUCUUGGCCGCGUCCAAGCGUGCCAAAGGCAUAACGGGCGACGAGGAAUACGAGGACGACGGGAACUACGGGAGUGCAGCCACGAUUGACGUUGAAGCUCUUCAAGCAAUAAGUAAACGCGUCCAUUAUGGAAAAUUUGUCUCGGAAUCAAAGUUUCAAGACAACCCGAGUGCGUUCAUACCGCACAUAUUGACGCCAAAUCGUCCAGCUCUUGAAGCGUUGAUUACCAAACCAGAGGUCGAACGCAAACUCCUCGUUAGAUUAAGAAAGAAAGCAGCGACAUAUGCUCAAGACUUUGGUCCCGAUGGCGAUUUCAAACGGGAUGCAGAGGGAAAUGUCGAAGCCAUCAAGAUUGACGUCGACGGCGUUGUCGAUCUCUACGAGAGCUUCAUCAUACCGCUGACCAAGGAGGUCGAAGUGGAUUAUUUGCUUCAACGAUUGAAAGGAUUAUCCGACAAGGAAAUCGACAAACUAAUGCAGAAGACUGCAACUACAUAA